AAUGUUUAAAUCCUCUCCCCCUGAAUCACUCCUUUCCUGCAAAGCGCCUCCCCGCACUCCCCCACCCCGGGGUUCCUAAUGUAGCUCUCUCCUUUCGGCUGUCCCUUUGUGAUUGGCUGUUGUUGCUUUUUUGCACGUCUGUGUUUCUUUGAUCUGCAGCUUCUCUCUAGAUUGAGCUGUCCAGGCUUCUUUAGUUGCUUAGGCCUUUCGCCCCCUCCUCUCCAGCUCUAAGUGACUCUACCUGGAUUUUCACGGAAACCUCCAAGUGAGUAAGCAUGUAGGGCUAGGAUUGGGCCCUUGCACGGAAUUGAGUGAGACUUACUCUCCAGGCACAGGACGGCGGCUUCAGCCUGUUCCCUUUCCCCACACCUCCAUCUGGCUACCUCGUUUCUGUCUAGCCUGUCUCAGCCUUUCUCCAUCUCUGUCCAUCUGACUUCUCCGUGCCUGGGUCAGAUCUUCUCGCAGCAGCAGCAGCAGCAGCUCGGCCGCCCCCUGAGCGCUCUCUCUCCUCCCUCCCCCCUCCUUCUCUUCGGCGUGGAGUUUGGUGGAAUCUCUGCUGACGUCACGCGGCUCCCCAGCCAGGCAGAGCGAGGCCAGACGAGUGGAGAAAGAGCCGGAGGACAGUCAAAGAAAGGCAGAGACAGUCCGCCCAAGAAGCCCAGCGGUCCCGCAGCGAAUCCACUAGGAGCCAGCCUGCCUGCCUGCCUGCCUGCCGUCCGUCCGUCCGUCCGUCCCCAGCACCCCCUCACCCGCCCCUCCCUGCCCCGCCCCCGCGUGUCCCCUGGACGGCAGGGCGCGCGGCAGGCCAGCGUUCCUUCCUCCUUGGGGAUCCUUCCGUGCCGUGGCUGCUGCUGCCGCCGCCGCUCCGUCCCGGACUGGCCUUAGCGGGGGUGGUGGUGCUAGCGCUGCGGUUGGUGGAGGAGGAGGUGGCGGUGGCGUCUGUGGGCAGCUCGAGUUCUCCGCCAACUCACACUUCGAGCCCGGGAUUUGCUAAAAGCUUUCGGCGAGGAGGAGGAGGAGGAGAUCGAGGUGGGCGGAAAAAAGAGCGAGCGAAAGAAAGCGAGGCGCUUCAAGCAGGAGCCGAUAACGGGUUAUGGAGUCCAACUGUCGUAAACUUGUGUCGGCUUGCGUUCAGUUAGGGGUUCAACCUUCUGCUGUUGAAUGUCUUUUCUCCAAAGACUCUGAUAUUAAAAAAGGAGAAUUCAAUGAUUCUCCAGAGAGCAGGAAAGAAGCUUCUAGCAGCAAACUGUUCGGGAGGCAACACCCCAGCGCCAAUGAAAAGGACAAAAGCCAGCCUGGCAAGAACGAGGAUGCGGGGCCCGAGGAUCCAUCCAAGAAGAAGCGGCAGCGGCGGCAACGGACUCACUUCACCAGCCAGCAGCUCCAAGAGCUGGAGGCCACUUUCCAAAGGAACCGCUACCCGGACAUGUCAACUCGGGAGGAGAUCGCCGUUUGGACCAACCUCACGGAGGCCAGAGUCAGGGUUUGGUUCAAGAACCGCCGGGCGAAGUGGCGGAAGCGAGAGAGGAACCAGCAGGCGGAACUCUGCAAGAACGGCUUCGGGCCCCAGUUCAACGGGCUGAUGCAGCCUUACGACGACAUGUACCCGGGCUACUCGUACAACAACUGGGCCGCCAAGGGCCUGACGUCGGCGUCGCUCUCCACCAAGAGUUUCCCCUUCUUCAACUCCAUGAACGUAAACCCGCUCUCCUCGCAGAGCAUGUUCUCGCCGCCCAACUCCAUCUCCUCCAUGAGCAUGUCUUCCAGUAUGGUGCCCUCGGCGGUCGCCGGCGUCCCCGGCUCCGGCCUCAACAGCCUGAACAACUUGAACAACCUGAGCAACCCCUCCCUCAACUCGGCCGUGCCCACGCCCGCCUGCCCUUACGCCCCGCCGACCCCUCCUUACGUUUACCGGGACACGUGUAACUCUAGCCUGGCGAGCCUGAGACUCAAAGCCAAGCAGCACUCCAGCUUCGGCUACGCCAGCGUUCAGAACCCGGCCUCCAACCUGAGCGCUUGCCAGUAUGCCGUGGACAGGCCCGUGUGAGGGGAAGGCCUGCCUUUUCCCCUUGUUUUGUUGGUGUUGCAUUCAGACAUUUUUUUUAAAAAAACCCAUAAAAAUAUAAACAAACACACGCAAAAUUCUGAAUGGAGGAGGGAGGAGGCCUCGCUUCCGUGAUCAAAGGACUUGAACGUUCGAAUCCAAAGUAAAUGAGCACUAUUGAGAACACACACACACACACAUAUAUAAAACAACAACUAAUAUGGAAUUAAGACAAAAGAUAAAUACGGAAGGGGAGGGUUAGGGAGAGCGAGAAAAGAUACCACUGAAAUUCACGAGUCCCUUUGUUUUCAAAGGAUCUUCUCCUGGCCCUGCUACCUUUCACUAAAGGAAAAAAAAGUAUUCCCAACAACUACAAGGACAUAUAUUAUAAAUAUAUAUAAAAUACGGACAAACGUUUGACUGGAUAUGGUAUGACAUUUUAAUGUUCCUAUAAGCUUGUUAUUUUUUAUGUUUAGCAUUGUUAACAUUAAAAGAAAAAAUGACGGGAAAGGAUGUAUAUAUAUAUCGAAAUGUCAAAUUAAUUUUAUAAAAGCAGUUGUUAGUAAAUCUCCACAGUGUUUUUAAAAGUUAGGCUUUAAAAUAAAGCAUGUUACACAAGAGAUUAGGGAUUUUGUUUCCGCUUGCGAGCAAGGGAAUGUAUAUACUAAAUGCGAGACUGUAUGUUUCUAACAUAUUGUUAUUAUUAAUAUUAUUAUUAUUAAAAGAAAAAAGUCCCAUUGUGUGAAUAUCGGUUUUAGAAUAGUACCUCUGGUGGAUGCAAUGGUGACUCUGAAACUGCAAUGUAAAACAUACCCUGUGUAUAACAUUUCGUAUAAUAUUAGUGUUUUCCUUUUCUGCCAACAUUGGAAAAAUGUGUUUUCUUUCAUGGGAGUAAAAUAUACAGCAUACAGUUUGGUCUGGGGUUUUUUUUUUUGACGAGUUCAAGCGCAUAGAGAGAUAUCCCUACAUACUGACUGCUGAUCUCCAACCUCCUUUCUUGGAGGGCAGGGGAGGGAGAAAUCUUCCUCUUCCCCUCCCUCUUACAUAGCAACAACAGUCAACUGUGACUAGAAUUCUCAUCCUAGGCCCUACAUUUCAUUCUGGCAGUGCAAUCUUAUAUAUAUCUAUUCGGAAGUAAGUCCCACUGAGUUCAGCGGAGCUUACUCCCAGGAACGUGCAUAUAGGAUUGCAGUGUAAAUAUGUCAAUGGAUCAGUAAAAGAAACAAGCAAAUAAAAAAACAAACCAUGAGCUGUGUAUGCAUAUGCGUUGUCCUACUCAAAGUAGACCCACUGAAAUGAAUGGACCGGUUAGUCGUGUCUAUUAACUUCAGUGGGAUUGCUCUGAGCAGGACUAGGAUUGAGUACCCCCUGUGCCUGCAUAAAGUCCUCAGAGGAGGUGGUGGGAGCUGUUCGCCCCCAGGGGAGUGGGUUCUGCUGUGACUGUCCUA